CGGGAGCGCAGGAAGAGCCGGCAGCAGCCGCGCCGUGGGCCCUGCCAGCAGGGAGGCCAAAGCUACGCGGCCGACGCUCCUGCAAACUUGGGCGCGCACUCGCGCAACUGCGCCCGCAGCCGGAGCGAUGAAGAUGGUCGCGCCUUGGACGCGGUUCUACUCCAACAGCUGCUGCCUGUGCUGCCAUGUCCGCACCGGCACCAUCCUCCUCGGCGUCUGGUACCUGAUUAUCAAUGCCGUGGUACUGUUGAUUUUAUUGAGCGCCCUAGCGGAUCCAGACCAGUAUCACUUUUCCACUUCUGAACUAGGAAGUGACUUUGAGUUCAUGGAUGAUGCCAACAUGUGCAUUGCUAUUUUAAUUUCUCUUCUCAUGAUCCUGAUUUGUGCAAUGGCUACUUACGGUGCAUACAAGCAACAUGCUGCCUGGAUCAUCCCAUUCUUCUGUUACCAGAUAUUUGAUUUUGCCCUAAAUACGUUGGUUGCUGUCACUGUGCUUGUUUAUCCAAACUCCAUUCAGGAAUACAUACGGCAGCUGCCUCCUAAUUUCCCCUACAGAGAGGAUAUCAUGUCAGUGAAUCCUACCUGUUUGGUCCUUAUUAUUCUUCUGUUUAUCAGCAUUAUCUUGGCUCUUAAGGGUUACCUGAUUAGCUGCGUUUGGAACUGCUACCGAUACAUCAAUGGAAGAAACUCCUCUGACGUCUUGGUUUAUGUCACCAGCAAUGACACUACGGUGCUGUUACCCCCAUAUGAUGAUGCUGCAGUGAACGGCGCUGCCAAGGAGCCGCCGCCGCCAUAUGUGUCCACCUAGGCUUGGAGGGCGGAGAGUGGAGCUGAGAACAGAAGCUUGACUUCAGACACCUGAGCAAUAGUUCUUUCAUUUCUGAGAUGAGCUCUCCGAGAUUAUUUUUUGCUGAAAUGCUACAGUUUUAAAAUUUAGAUGUUAGGUUGAAACCCUCUGUAAUCUUAAACAUAAGCUUUAGCUAGAGCACUGUGAUAGAUUCACUGUAGAAUUCUUUUCGUAGGGGUUGGGGGUGUCACGGGCAUCACUAGCCUUCCGUAGGCAUUGAAACUUCCUAAAACUCUGGAUGGACCUUGAGUCAGAGAAGUUAGGGAUUUAGUCCCACUUUUUCCCUGUGUUCCCUAUGCCCCUUUUGAAAGUAUAAAAUAAAGUAAAAAAAAUCGAGUUUUUCUUAAACCAUUGCAUUGUACAGAACGAAUCCUUAUUAGAACAGGAAUGUUACUUGUGUAAUUAUUACACUGGUUAGGUAAAUAGGCGACCUUAUCUAUAUGUUGCAAGAAUUUUCUUCAGAUUUUUUCAUAGCUUAAACUCAAUGACAAUUUGAAUUUACUGGUCAAGGAUUUUCUCAGUGGGCUAAAUUAAGACCAUUAGACAGCACCCGGCAGUGAGAGCAGUGAUUUUCAGGGCUGUUCUCAUACAGCCUGUGUCUAGGGUGUGAGUUAAUUUGGUUGGCACUGCAUGGUAUCUGGUGCCCCUUUCUCCUGGUUUCCUGCCCUCUCCCUGGGCCCCAUUUUACUAAGCUUCCUGCCCUAGCCUGUUUCAGGGAUAACAUCCAGCUCUCCAGCUCGCUUUAUCAAGUGGAACUGCUGAUAUACGUAUUUGCCUGCUAAUAUGAAAAAAGGGUUUCUUCUCCUUUCCCAGAAGGUAUAUCCUACUACUUUGAACUUCCUAGUAUGCCUAGUUAUCUUUUAAAAUGUAAAACAGUCUUCAGCAAAUUGAGGGUUGCUUUCCUUGUUGAAUGCUCUUAUCUUGACUACUUGAAAUUCAAGGGACUUUAAUGUAUUCAUAUGCUCAAAAGUCAGCAACUCUGUUCAUUAUUGAAUAUGUUGUAAAUGAAGGGUUUUGCAAUUAAAGUGAAAUUUGCCCCCAUCUAAGAAAAUAA